AUGGCAGACGACAAGGUCCAUGACGCCGAUAAGAUUGAAUCGACCGCGCCUUCCACAAUUCCAUACUGGCGACUGGUAUCCGAUCAAGGCGUCGUCACUCAAGAGGUUAUUGAUUUCCCAUACGCCGGCUCAGGAACAGAUGAGGACCCAUACGCCGUGACAUGGAUCCCUAACGACCCUCGCAAUCCUAUGCUAUUCAGCGAAAAGAAGAAAUGGUUCUUCACAAUGACCAAUGCUGUCGCAACUUUGGCUGUUGCAUUGGUCUCUUCUGCAUUUACCGGUGGUAUACAAGAGAUCGAAGAGCAAUUUAGUAUCGGAGAUGAACUCGCUACUCUGGGUGUUUCACUUUUCGUUCUUGGUUUCGCUAUUGGUCCUUUGCUAUGGGCUCCUCUGAGUGAGCUGUUUGGCCGUCAAGUCCUCUUUAUCACCACCUAUUUCGCCCUCGCUGCCUUUUGUGCUGGUGGUGCCGGUGCCCAGACCUCCUACGCCUUAAUUAUCCUUCGUUUCUGGGCCGGUGCUUUCGGAUCCUCCCCUCUGACCAACGCAGGUGGUGUCAUCGCCGACAUGUUCACUGCCAAGAAGAGAGGUCUCGCUUUGAGUAUGUUUGCUGCCGCACCAUUCCUGGGACCGGUCCUGGGACCAUUUAUUGGUGGUUUCUUGGGAAUGAACUGCGGUUGGAGAUGGGUCAUGGGCUUCCUGGCUAUCUUCUCUGGCUUUGUCUGGAUUGUUGGCACUCUUUUCAUCCCAGAGACAUAUGCGCCUGUUUUGCUCCGCCGCCGUGCCGAGAGACUGUCUAAGCUUUCUGGUAAGGUCUACCAGAGUAAGCUGGACAUUGAUCAGGGUAGGGUCUCGAUUGCGGACGCCUUCAAGGUUGCUCUGUCCCGUCCUUGGAUUCUCCUCCUGAAAGAGCCUAUCGUUUUCUUGCUGUCUCUAUACAUGGCUAUCGUUUACGGUACCCUGUACAUGAUGUUUGCUGCUUUCCCCAUUGUAUACCAGGUAGAGCGCGGCUGGAACCAAGGUGUUGGAGGUUUGGCUUUCCUGGGUAUUAUGGUCGGUAUGCUCAUUGCCGUGGUCUAUAGCUUGUGGGAUAACAAGCGGUACGUCAAAGUUCAAGAAGCGCAUGAAGGCUUCGCUCCGCCAGAAGCCCGUCUGCCGCCUUGCAUGUGGGCGUCUGCCACACUUCCCAUCGGUCUGUUUUGGUUCGCAUGGACCAAUUACCCCACGAUCCACUGGAUGGCCAGUAUCGCGGCCGGUGUUCCAUUCGGCUUCGGAAUGGUUCUGGUCUUCCUCAGUAUCAUGAACUACCUGAUCGACGCAUACACCAUCUUCGCCGCCUCCGUAUUAGCCGCCAACUCCGUUCUGCGUUCCUGCUUCGGUGCCGCUUUCCCAUUGUUCACCACCUACAUGUAUGAAAACCUGGGCAUUCACUGGGCAUCCACUAUUCCCGCCUUCCUCGCUCUCGCCUGUGUACCCUUCCCCUUCCUGUUCUACAAGUACGGCGCCCAGAUCAGAACCCGUUGCAAGUUCGCCGCCCAGUCAGAUGCCUUCAUGCGCAAUCUCCAGGAGCAGUCCAAGGCCGCGGCUGCGAUUGCCGAGAAGGAGGAAGACACCGAGUUCGACCGUACCGAGGCCUCAGCAGAGGGUGGGUCUCUGUCUAGCGGGUCCAGCUCCCACGUCGACGAACUCCCCACAACCGAGCGCAUCCACAGCCGCGCCUCGACUCACCGCAGUGUUCGCAGCCGCGCCCGCUCUCUCAGCUCUACACAUACCGCGACCGACCUGGCGCGUGUACCGACAUACGACGGAAACCCGUACGAUAUUGACCGUGUCCACACUCGCGAGUCCUUCAAAUAA